CUCGCUCGGCGUCGGCCUGGACGUGGCAUCGAGGAAGCGCUGCGAGCUUUCAAUUUCAGCUAGUUUGGGGCUUCGGCUUCGACCGUUCCGCCCGCCGCCGAACACGAACGAAGACUUCCGCUCUACUGCCGAACCGGACCGGGACCCUCGAGUCAAAAUGGGGCUGACGAUCUCGACGAUGUUUGCGAGGCUCUUCGGCAAGAAGCAGAUGAGGAUCCUGAUGGUGGGCUUGGACGCAGCUGGGAAAACCACCAUUUUGUACAAACUCAAGCUGGGAGAGGUCGUCACUACCAUUCCGACCAUCGGCUUCAAUGUGGAGACGGUGGAGUACAAGAAUAUCUGCUUCACUGUUUGGGAUGUUGGCGGCCAGGACAAGAUUCGCCCUCUCUGGAGACACUACUUCCAGAACACACAGGGUCUCAUCUUCGUGGUGGACAGCAACGACCGAGAGCGAGUGGCCGAGUCGGCGGACGAGCUUUCAAAGAUGAUCCAGGAGGACGACCUGAAGGACGCCGUCAUUCUGGUGUUCGCCAACAAACAGGAUCUUCCCAACGCCAUGGCCGCCAGCGAACUGACCGACAAACUGGGCCUGAACAACCUGCGCGGCCGCACCUGGUACGUGCAGGCCACCUGCGCCACACAGGGGACGGGCUUGUACGAGGGCCUCGACUGGCUGUCAAACGAGCUCGCCAAGCACUAGACCAGCUUUCGGGAAACGGGUAGCGGCGGACGAGGUGGUGUGGAAUUUCGCAGGACUGGUUCUUCUUCUUCUUCUUCGACGACUUUCUUUUUCUUUUUUUAAGUUAUGUGUCAGCAGGGGGCAAUUUGUCGGACUCCCGUUCCUCUCUUCUCGAGUUCCUCGUGUUUGUUUUCCUACGCAUGUUUUUACCGAGUCGUGUGACAGGAUGCCGUGAGAGCGGCGGGGCUCGCAGCUGUCACGCCGUUGCCACGGAGACCUCGUGACCCUCGUCAUUGACGUGGAAAGCGGCGAUUGAUGCAAUAAAGGUGUUUUUCUUUUC